AUGGUUGUGCAGUUUAUGCUCUCGCUGGUGGAACAACAAAGAACCACUGUCAACCCAGCCUUGUACCAAGUGCCUUUGGAGGCAGCAAGGGUGAAACGAAUAGAAGUGGAGAAGGAGGAAGGAAACUUUGGAGUAUGUGCGCUGGUUCGUAAUCUGUUCUGGCUAACAGUGAUGGGUAUUAUCCAGCCCUCUGUGUAUUUAUGGCUCUAUUCCCUUGGAGACGAGCACAGAGUGCGUGGGCUUCGGAGCCGGGGUUACGAAAAUGCUUUUCCAUUUGCUGACUGUGACCUCGGCACUCGGCUUUGGGGUGCGGUCUCCCCCUUGGUAACAUUUACAAGCCGCUGGCGUCCAGCUCCGUUUCAGGUCCCGGGCAGAUGCGCCGAGGAACCGGCAGCCCGACUCCGAGGAGCCUUCUCUCGCGUCCGCGUCCUGCGCCCGACUCCGAGGAGCCUUCUCUCGCGUCCGCGUCCUGCGCGGCCCCCGCAGCGCUCAGGGCUGUUUCGCGCGCUGUUCCCCGGGAAACCGGGACGCGCUUCUCCCGCGGUCGGCCACCUGGGCGUGCCGGCGGCGUCACAAAGCCCGCGGCAGCCGCCCGGGGCAGCGCCGC